GGAGCGGUAGUCGCUGAUCUUAAUAUUUACCCUUUUGAUAUAACUAACUGAUACUGAUUUUUGAACAUUAACUAACUUGUAUCAACUAUAAACACAUUUUCUUUUAUAGAUAAUAACAGACAGUCAUAAGCUUGUGGCGGACCGUGAAACAAAGUUUAAAAAGUGGCAUAUCAGCUGAUCUGCUUGCAGAUCAUCUCUGAGGAGUGAGUCAUCCUAAGUGUUCCAUAUAGAAAGUAUUAGAUGGCUCCAACACUAACUAAGGAUUCAGUGUUUACGGCUGCCUCUGGUAUGAAAAUGCCAGUUGUCGGACUUGGCACCCUAGUGAGGACCACAGAGGAACAUUCUUCUGAAGAAGAAAUCAUGAAGACUAUAGACUAUGCAAUUGAAGCUGGCUACAGACACUUCGACACUGCUUAUAUGUAUCAAAAUGAGGCAGCUAUUGGAAAAGCACUAAAGAAAUGGCUGGAUAGUGGAAAAAUCAAACGAGAGGAAUUGUUCAUUGUGUCAAAGCUGCCAAUGGUUGCCAUGAAUGAGAAACUCGUAGGAGAGUACUUGCAACGCUCUCUGACCGCUCUUCAGCUAUCGUAUGUUGACCUCUACCUCAUCCACAAGCCUGUAGGCUUCCAGCCCGGGGAGAUACUAUUUCCUGUUGAUGAUCAAGGAUAUCUUAAGCUGGACUAUGAUACUGACCACAUUGCCCUCUGGAAGGCUAUGGAGGCACAGGUGGAUGCAGGACGUGCCAAGUUCAUCGGAUUGUCAGAUUUCACUGUGGCACAGAUGGAACGUAUACUGAAGUCAGCAAGAAUACGGCCCUCCACUGACCAGGUGGAAUGUCACCUAUAUUUCCAGCGGAAGGGGCUCCGAGAGUGGGGAGAGAAGAAUGGGAUUCCAAUCACCUCCUUCGCUUCUCUGGGCUCUCCUGCUGCUGUUGGCAUCUUCAACAAAGAUGGAGCUAUGACAGAACAACAGGUGAGAUCCCCUCUGACAGAGGAUGCUGUAGUUCGCAUCGCUCAGGCACACAACAAGACCCCCGGCCAGGUGCUGCUGAGACAUCUCCUGCAGCUCGGUAUUGCAGUAAUACCUAAGAGUUCCAAUCCAGACCGGAUUCGGCAGAAUAUUGAUGUGUUCGACUUUGAACUGACUGACGCUGAAAUGGCUGAACUGAAUGCGAUUGACAUGGAUGAAAAUGGAAGGAAAUUCUUUGUGUCCAAUUUGGUGAAGGGAUAUGAUAAGCACCCGGAAUGUCCAUAUGGAAAAUUGUAAUCUCAAUCAAAAUCAUCUCAAUUUAUUCUUGAACAUCAGUUUGAAUAUUGAGGCUAAAUUAAUGUUUAUCUCACACUUAUGUUACUUGCUUUACUAAAAGUUGAAAGUGUUAUACUGUUGUUUACAUGUUUAUAAUAUUGUUGAAAAGUGCCUUUUAACAAUAAGUGAGAAUAAAUUGUUUACUUUUAAUUAUGUUGGAUAAAUAUAUAUUUGUUUAAAAUGAA